GCAUCAUCAUGUCCUGUUGAGCAGGGGUACAAUUUUGUUUCAGUUAGAAUAGUUCAAUUAUCUCUUCAUGAAAUGCAAGAGGGGUAUGAUAGAAAAACUCAAUGGACUCUGCUAAAAAUCUUCUCUACCUUAGCACAGUCGAAAAUCAUAAAAACAAAUUGUUAGUGUUAGAUUACUCUUUGAUUCUACUAUGUCUCACCUUAUCUUUUUGCCCUUGUUCUUCUGAUACCAUAACUAUUCACAAACCCAUAAGAGAUGGUGAACUUCUCAUUUCUAAAUCUAAAACAUUUGCUCUUGGAUUCUUCACUCCAGGAAAGUCCACCUCUCGCUAUGUUGGAAUUUGGUACCACGAUUUGCAACCCCAAACUGUUGUCUGGGUUGCAAACAGGGAUGCUCCCAUCAAUGACACUUCUGGAAUUCUAUCAAUCGACCCAAAUGGGAAUCUAGAACUCCACCACAAACUUAGCACCAUUCCCAUUUGGUCUACCAAUGUUUCAUUAACACAAUCACAAAGAAAUAACACCAAUGUUAUAGCUCAACUAUUGGAUAUAGGAAACCUUGUUCUGAGGUUAAACGACACCGAAACUGCCAUCUGGGAAAGCUUGGAUCAUCCCACAGACACAAUGCUUCCAUAUAUAAAGCUUGGUUUUGAUAGAAAAAUUAAUCAAAGUUGGUUCCUUCAAUCAUGGAAGACCGACGAUGACCCUGGAAAAGGUGCGUUCACCGUGAAAUUCAGCACAAUUGGCAAACCGCAGUUGUUUAUGUACAACCGUGAUGUUCGUUUCUGGCGUGGUGGACAUUGGAACGGAGAAAUAUUAGUAGGUCUACCUAAUAUGAAACGAGAUAUGGCCGUUCGUAACGUUUCUUUCGUUGAAGAUGACAACUAUGUAGCACUCUCAUAUAACAUGUUUAAUAAGUAUGUCAUUACUAGGGUAGUGGUUCAGCAAUCUGGUUUCUUUCAAACAUUCACGUGGGACAGUCAAAAGAGCCAAUGGAGCCGGUACUGGUCUGAACCAACAGACCAAUGUGCUAACUACGGAACAUGUGGAUCAAAUAGUAAUUGUGACCCUUUGAACUUUGAGAACUUUAAGUGUACUUGUUUACUUGGUUUCGAACCAAAAUUUCCACGAGAUUGGUAUGAGAGUCGAGAUGGGUCAGGUGGAUGUGUAAGAAAGAAAGGUGCAUCUGUUUGUGGAAAUGGAGAAGGGUUUAUCAAAGUUGUAAGCGUAAAAGUUCCUGAAACGUCUACGGCAGUUGCCAUAGAUGGUUUGAAUUUGGAUGAAUGUGAGAAAGAAUGCUUGAGAAACUGCUCUUGUACUGCCUAUGCAGUUGCUGACGUGAAGAAUGGUGGAAGUGGAUGUUUGGCAUGGCAUGGGGAUUUAAUGGACAUUCAAAAACUUAGUGAUCAAGGCCAAGAUUUAUUUUUACGCGUCGCUAAAGUUGAACUAGCGUCAGCUAACUACGACAAAAAAAGCAAAGGAGUCCUUGGCAAAAAGAGGUUAGCUGCAAUUCUUGUAGCUUCUAUAGUUGCAAUUGUCAUCCUCCUCUUCUGUGUGAAUUACAUGUGGAAGAAAAAGAGAAAGGAUAAAAUGAUGCCGCAACCAAACCAAGAUUCCUCUGGGGAAGAGAAUGAUACCCAAAGCAACACACAUCCAAAUCUACCCUUUUUCAGCUUUAAAACGAUAAUGACAGCUACAAGAAAUUGUGGUCAUGAGAAUAAGCUUGGACAAGGUGGAUUUGGUUCUGUCUAUAAGGGUUGCUUGGUUAGUGGACAAGAGAUAGCAGUGAAAAGAUUGUCCAGAGAUUCAGGUCAAGGCAAAGAAGAGUUUAAGAAUGAAAUUAAACUUUUAGUUAAACUCCAACACAGAAAUCUAGUGAGGUUGCUCGGUUGUUGCUUUGAAAAAGAAGAAAGGAUGCUAGUUUAUGAAUAUCUACCAAACAAAAGCCUAGACUUCUUUAUAUUUGAUCAAAACCAAAGGUCGUCAUUGGAUUGGGUAAAGCGUUUUGAAAUUAUUUGUGGGAUUGCUCGAGGUGUUUUAUAUCUUCAUCAAGAUUCAAGGCUGAAAAUAAUUCAUAGAGAUCUAAAAGCCAGCAACGUUCUCCUCGAUGCUGCAAUGAAUCCCAAAAUCUCAGAUUUUGGUAUGGCUAGAAUAUUUGGAGAAGAUGAAAUUCAAGCAAGAACAAAAAGAGUGGUCGGAACAUACGGAUAUAUGUCACCAGAAUAUGCAAUGGAAGGACGAUAUUCAACGAAAUCUGAUGUCUUCAGUUAUGGGGUCAUACUACUGGAGACUAUUGCUGGCCAAAGAAACACACAUUGUGAAAAAGGAAGAGAAUCCCCAAAUUUAAUUGGACAUGUGUGGAGACUAUGGACAGAAGGAAGAGCCUUGGAUAUAGUUGAUCCAGAACUAAACCAGUUUUAUCCUCCUACUACAGUUAUGAGAUGCAUUCAAAUUGGACUUCUGUGUGUGCAAGAAAAUGCCAUGAAUAGACCAUCAAUGUUAGAAGUUGUUUUCAUGCUAGCCAAUGAAACACCUCUUUGCCCACCUCUAAAACCAGCAUUUUUCUUCAAUGGAAACCAAGAUUUGCAAGAGUCGCCAACUUCAGGAGAAGGGCCUUCAAUAAAUGAACUAACAGAAACUACCAUCAGUGCUCGCUGAAAGCUACAAAUAUGUUAAAUUUUUUGGUUCAUACAAGUAUCAAAUAUGUGUAGUCACGCUGUGGUAUUGUAAGAUGAACAGUUUGAGUAUGUCCAUUUCAAUAAACUUAUUAGUUGAAAUUGGAUUUUAACGCAAUGUUUUAGAAGUGGUCUUUAACAGAAUAAGAUAAUCAACUAACCAUGUAUGUAGUCACAUGUUUUUGUUUUAUUAGUUGGAAUUGGUAUUUGACACAAUGCUUUAGCAUUGGAUUGAUAAAUUUAAGGUAACGUAUAAUCCAGUCAAAAAAUGUAAUUGAUAUAAAUUUCAGGGUUAAGUAUA